AGGCUGCACCCAUGUUAGCCAACACUACUGACACUCGCGCCUGUACCCAUGCAUGCGAGACACGUACUCGUCCCCUCCGUCUUCCUCUUCGUCGUCGCCCUUCUGCUGCCCUCGCCUGGGUGGCCACGGUCGUCCAAGCUCUUCUUCCCGUCUUGGCUGCCUCCUCCGGUCAACAGACGUGAGCACGACAGCGCCGCCGGCGGCCACCACCCGUGCGACUAUUCAGACGGACGAUGGGUGAGGUACGACGACGCUGCUGCCGACGCGACGACCUACACGGAGGACUGCCGGUUCCUCGAUCCCGGCUUCCGGUGCACACGGAACGGCCGCAGCGACUCGUCCUUCCGACACUGGCGCUGGCAACCUCGUCGCUGCGACCUCCCUAAGUUCAACGCGACGGACAUGCUGGAGAGGAGCCGGAACGGUAGGAUCGUGUUCGCCGGGGACUCGAUCGGCCGGAACCAGUGGGAGUCCAUGGUGUGCAUGCUCGCCGCCGCCGUGCCGCCGGCGGGCAGAGUGUACGAGCAGUCCGGGAAACCGAUCAGCCGGCACAGGGGCUACCUCGCCAUGGUUUUCGCCGACUACAACCUCUCCGUCGAGUACUACCGCGCGCCGAUGAUCGUGAUGGUCGACCGCUUCCGCCCGGCAAACGCGACGACAACCGUCCGCCUGGACGUGAUGCCACGGCACGCGGACCGGUGGGCCGGCGCCGAUGUGCUCGUGCUCAACACCGGUCACUGGUGGAACCACCACAAAACCGUCAAGGCAGGAAAAUAUUUCAUGGUUCGCGACCGCUUGAACAAAACCAUGAACAUCAAGGAAGCUUUUCGACUGUCUCUGCAAACGGUGAAAGAUUGGGAAUUGAGCAGUGCCCGAUUUUCCAAAAGCUAUUUCUUCUUCAGGAGUUAUUCGCCCUCGCAUUAUAGCAAUGGCACCUGGGACAUUGGUGGUUCGUGCGCCGGCCAGCGAGAACCACUGACCACUAAUGUCCACAUUUUUGGUGAGGAGAACUCAUGGAUGAACGCGAUGAUUGCCAAGAUGAUGAAUGGUAUCAAGAGCCACGGAAGGAAUAAUGCGAGGUUUCUGAACAUUACUUACAUGACGGAGCUCAGACCGGAUGGCCACCCGUCAGGGCACCGGGAGCCGGGAACGCCGCCGGACGCGCCGGAGGACUGCAGCCACUGGUGCCUCCCGGGCGUGCCGGACGUUUGGAAUCAGGUCCUCUACGCACACCUCUUGUCCACAGGGUAUGACACACGCAAGAACAAGAGAUAAUUAGUCGUA